AUGGAGACGAGAUCAAGAAAAAGGGUUGACACUCCUGAACAUGGUAGGACGGUUUUGCACAACUCUUCUGAUGUUUUGGGAACGAAGCAUACGGACCAGGAUCUGAAUGGCAUCAAUACCAUUGGUGAAAACAAUGAUGUCAGUGUGCAAAAUUUUGACAGCAGUGUUCCCACCGGUGCUACCCGCGUUGUCGCUAUCAAGGCGACUCCCGUCUUGGACCCUUUCCUGGACGCCCUGAAGCUGACCCCUACCGGUCAGUCUUACCUUGGCAAGCUCAAGGACAUCCUGAACUGCAACAAGUUCAAGGCUGCCAAUGUCGACAAGAUGGUGGCCGAGAUCUAUGCCGACUUCCCUGGAACCGACAUCGAGGUCUUCUGCAAGCCUGGGAUGCCCAAGGUCAGCUUCCUUGAGGCUAAGAAGGAGGAGCAGACUCUGGUCACCCGUCAAAGAUGGGUGCAGAUAUUUGCGGCCUGGUGUGAAAAGCCUGAUGGUGAGAGGCUGAUGGUGAAGAGGCUGAUGGUGAAGAGGCUGAUGUCUGAUGAUGAAAAGUCUGAUGAUGAAAAGUCUGAUGAUGAAGAGGUGAAAUCCACCAAGAAGCAGUCCAAGGGCAAGAACAGCCAUCUUUCCGAGGAGGAGAUCAAGUUUCGCAAGGAGAAGAAGGCUUUCUUGGAAAGGAACCCAGGAACCCACCGUGUGCAGUUCCCUUUCGACAACCCACUUCAUCCCUCGAGCAAGGAAUUGAGCGUCUUCAGUCACGCUUGCAGGAACAAGGAGAGGAUGUCGAUUGUCAACAAUGCGAUCAUGUACUGUCUUGCGGGCUAUGAGACCUACACAGACCUCUGCCUCCCCUGCAACGCCGGGCAGUACCAAGACACCGAUCUAAAGUGCAAGAGCUGCGACGUCAACGCCCAAUCCUCCGCCCUUAGCAUAGGGGCAUCCAACUGCAAGUGCAACAAGGGAUAUACUGGAGAUGGCCUGUCAUGUAGUGCCUGCGGCUUUGGGACUUACAAGGAUAUCAUUGGAUCCACACAAUGCAUAUCAUGCUCUCAAAACUCCACAACCCUGAUCGAGGCGGCCACUUCCUCGAUUGCAAGUGUAAGCCAGGGUUCUACGGCAAGGAUGGCAACAUAUGCCUCAUAUGCCCCGAGAACCACUACAAGUCCGAGAGAGGAAACCGGCCUUGCACCCCUUGCCCAGCAAACAUGGUACGGCAUGGCCUACAACCCACAGACCAUGGGCUACGACGACUGUGGCUGUCCAAUGGGAUACGAGGGGUUUACAACAUCCGACUGCAACCCUUGCAAGCCGGGUUACUACAAGGACUAUGACGGCUUCGGCUCUUGCACCCAAUGUGGCACCGGUCUAUUCACCAACGACUAUGGCUCGAUCAAGUGCAGGUGUGAGGACAAUAAGUUCGAAUUCGAGGGUGUCUGUUACAACCCAUACCCUGAGUUCUUUGACACCUUCCCAAGAGCCUGCGCAGGCAAUUUGGUUCCUUUGCAAGGAUCUACCUUUGGCUGUGUCUGCAUGGCAGGAACCGUCGAUUUCAAUGGAACAUGCUACUGUGUAGCGAACUGGUACAUGGAUCCCAACGGCGAGUGCCAGAUGUGCCCGUCAAACAAGGCUUCACCCGCCAAGUCCACCAGCGUCAACGACUGCUCCUGCCAGCAGUGCGAGGAGGGAGGGCAGUGUGUCCCCUGCGCAUACCCUUGCCCGGCGAACAGCCACUUCGACAUCAAGCCCUACAGCAUCGACGACUGUCUUUGCGACAAGGGAUACUACAAGGACGGGCUAGAGUGUAAGGCCUGCGGGAUAAACUCUACAACUUCUUUCGCAGGAGCCACGGACCCGUCCUCUUGCGUCUGCUCCCCGGGCAACUACCGAGACUCCGGGGUCUGCAAGCCAUGCCCUCUCUCCUUCUACAAAUCAUUGGAGGGAGACGGGGCCUGCACCCCUUGUCCCACCAACACCUUCACCUCCGCGGUAGGCCAGGUAGUCUGCCAGUGCUCCGAUCUAAAGGUGGGCCCGGGUGAGAGCUUCAGAGUGGUGGCGCUGCAGGAGCUCAUCAUUGACACUUCCGACUGUUACCUUGUCAUCGACCAGCACGAGCUCAUUCCAGGGGAGUGGAACUCUGGAACCUGUGAGUUUUACAUACAAUCGCUGCUCUCGCUUGACACCAACACUCUGAGAGGAUCCAAUCCCUUUGCCAUCUACUCGGUGGGGCUCGUCAACAUCACGGGUGACAUCAGACAUCUUGCAUCAGCCUCCGAGACCAGGGGAGCGGGCUACUAUGCAGGAUUCUGCUACUACGGGGGGUCGGGAGGUGGCUUCGGAGGGCAAGGGGGCUUUGGCUCGGCUCCUGGCGGCCCUGUGUACGGUGCCAAGGAGCUCUGGCCCUGGUACGCCUUCCAAGCACGGAGACCAACCUUGGGGGACAUGGAGGAGGCGGUGUGCUGA